UCUCGCCCCUGAGGAUCAUCAAGCCAUCGUUCACAACACCUCCUUUGUUUUAGCCCACCCAUCUGCCUACCCACAGAGUAGGCCCCUACACUUCGCUUCCCUCAUCCACUAGCACUCGAGUGUCGUGGUCGAGUAGGACGUGAUCGUCGUAGGUCUUGCAGGUGCUCCGGUAGUCAGGGUCGCUAGGAAGAAGUAGAGAGGGAGGGAAGAUAGGAGUAAGAGAAGUCCGCGAGUUGCCAGUCAGUGGGCGCGGCGGAUCAAGCUUGGACGGCGGCAACAAGCUGCUGGGUGGUGGACGCUAACAGAUCUGGCUCGGGCACCCUACCCUUCACCCCCUUCUUUCAUUCACAGACGAUGAUGCAGGCACAGAGCCUCGGCUCGCCUCCACCAUCAGCAAUGGUGAGUUCACCUCGCCCACCGACCAAAACCCCAUCACCACCAGCGCCGUGGGUCCGCUGUUGCCGGUGAAAUAUCCUCCACCGUCUGCUCCAGUGAGCUCUCCCCAAGCUACUGACUUGAUCAAUGAUUGCGUAAGACAUUGUGGAUUGGCGGCUGCAGUUCUAGAGCUAAAUUCCGAUAGACUCUUGGAUUUAUCUCGGAAGAAGCAUCCACAUGUUCGGUUUGAGAUACUUUUGAGCCACUGUGGUGUUUGUUGCCUCCCGCACACAAGAUUCGGAAAUGUUUUCUCUUGUCACGCAAACUGGGAAAAUACAAGCCAUCGACAAAUGUGCUCGCAGGACCAUGUCGUCGUACACUGUGUUAUUUGCCAUUGUACAUGUACUAGCACCAUACUUGCUCGAUGGUUCAACGAGAGGAGGACAUGCCAAUUGUUUUAACUCACACUGGGUGACAGGUCUGCGGCUAUAGACUUGAAAUCCUUAUUGUCUGAUUGUAAUAGCUAACUAUUUUUUUGCUCUAUCUAAACUUUUUUUUUGCUCUAUCUAAACUUUGUGACUGUGUACAUCUUGUUGUGUGGAAGUUGGAUGCAGCUUUUAUUUGGAUAUAUCUUCAUUAAAUUUAUUAAACUCAACUUAGACCUAUAAAUACACAUCAGCAUGGAGACGAGCACAGCAGAAAUCACGUACCAUCCCUCUUCUCCAUCUCCCUCACCAAGAAAGAAACCCGUACGGAAAAGCAAAACGAGGCCGUCUCUUCCUCUGUUCCUCCAAUCCAAGAGAAAAGCGAGAAGCCAGCAAUGGCAAGCCAAGAAGAAGAAACCACGCCGCGGUGCCGGCCGGGCGGUGGAGACGACGCCGACGCGGAGGUGAAGCCCGAGGACUUCGAGUUCUGCAUACUCGCUCCCGGCGGGCUUGUCGAGGACGCGGCCGGGGUCGACAUGUGCGUCGCGGGAGAAGUUUUCUCGGGCGGCAAGCUCGUCCCCUUCCGCCUUUCCUCGGCAACCUCCGCCGACGCGCUCCUGCUGCUCCGGUCGGACUCGCUGGACAGCAGCAGCACCGCGACGGCGGCGUCCACGAGCGACUUCAGCUCGAGCUCUGACAGCGGCAGCGCGAGCUUCAGCAGCAGCAGCAUCGGAUUGAGCCGAAGCGCCUCGUUGAAGAGCUCUUCUUCCUCCUCCGACUCCGCCCCCGUGGGCCUUAGCCACUCGACGGCCCAGAACGGUCCAGCCUGCGCGCCGCCGGGGCGGUCGCUCGCAAGCAGCAGCUGGUUCUACGCUCACCCGAGCCCCUCGCCGCGCCCGCCCCCGCCGCCGCGCCGGAGUCGGACCGGGGGCUCGGCCGUGUCCGCCGCGCGCCGCCGCAGCACUGGGUCGGCGCCGCCCCCGGCCGCCGCGUGGAGCGUGAUACGCCUGGGCGUGGUGGGCGCCCCAGGGCUGGUCUAUCCUCCCCCGCACGGCGCCGAGGCGAGGAAAGUGGCAAGAUCGAGAGGCGGGGUUAUUAGCCGGAGCGCGAGGUUCGAUCAGCCGAUGCCCGCCGGGAAUAAGGAGCAGCCGUUGGCCGCGGAUAAGAAGAAGAAGCCCGUGUUUGGGUGGUGGGGAGCCGGCCUGGCGUGCUCCUGCUCGGCUGACGAUGUCGCGCCGCGGCUGGCGGCGGCGAGGCGGCGGCAGAGGAGGAAGGCAGAACAGACGAAGAAAGGAGGAGAGGUGGACAGCGGACACGGAGCAGUACUAGGAUCGUCGAGUGGCCGGAGAAGUUCUUCUCAGUUGCCAAAUGCCAAGUCGAAGAAUAGCGUCAAGAGAUAAUUCACAUUGUUAAUUUCCCGUGGUUAGACUGACCAAGAAUUAAGGAGAAUAUUUAUAUCUCUAUUUUUUUUGACAGCAAGAAUCUUUAUACCUCAAUAGAGGAAUACAGAUUUCUAAUUUUUCACUCUUU